GCGAUUGCGUCCAAGAACUGUCUCGUAUAUCUCUAAAGCGAUAAAGGAUUGAUUUUUUCUUCUUCUGCCGUUCAAAAUUUAAAUCACUAUAUCAUUCUGCAAAUUGCGUAGACGAAAAAUCGAUAAUCGAAAGAAUGUCGGGUAAAGGGGCAAAGGGACUGUUAACUGGGAAAACCCCAGCAUCCAGGGACAAAGACAAGGACAAGAAGAAAGCACCUACUUCUCGUUCUUCCCGCGCUGGCCUUCAGUUCCCUGUGGGCCGCAUCCAUCGACUCCUGAAGUCGAGAGUUACUGCUCAUGGAAGAGUGGGUGCGACGGCUGCUGUCUAUUCUGCUGCUAUUUUAGAGUACCUAACUGCUGAAGUAUUGGAGUUGGCUGGUAAUGCGAGCAAGGAUUUGAAGGUAAAACGUAUCACCCCGAGGCAUUUGCAGCUGGCCAUACGUGGUGAUGAAGAACUUGACACUCUCAUAAAAGGAACCAUAGCCGGUGGUGGAGUAAUCCCUCACAUACACAAGUCUCUCAUCAACAAAUCCUCCAAGGAUUAGAUGGCAUCCUUCCUAGUUUUACAUUGCUUUAGUUCAAGGGGAUUAUAUGAUGCUGUCUUGGGUUUUGUGUUUAUGGGCUUAGCUUGUGUACAUUUCUAGGUGUUUGAUUAAUCACGGGUUGUGAAGCUACUGAUGGAUGAUUUAUUUCUGCUUUUUGUCUUCUCGUAGGAUACUUCUGGGUGUAGGCAUCGGUUCAACUGUAUUGCGCGAAUGCACUUAUUGGACAGGCGAGAGUAUUGUUUUUUAUAUAUGAACUAUUAUGGUUUUAGUGUCUUCGUAAUUGCAAUGUUUUCAUA